AUGACUCUCUCUCUGAACCAGGAGAAGAUCGUAAAGAUAAUCAGCCACUGCCAAGAGAUUUUGGAGGCGCAAACUGUCACAGUUCGACAACUCUCAAGCCUCAUCGGCAGGUUAUCGUCCACAAUUCUGGCAGUUUUUCAAGCCCAGAUCUUCUACCGCAGUCUUCAGGAGGACAAAAUCUCCGCCCUCCGCAGGGAGAACAGUUACGAAUCAGCUGUCACCCUUUCACAAGCUUCCCUGGAGGAGCUGCGAACAUGGGUGCAAUGUCUGCAUGCAUGGAACGGUCGGCAUUUUCUUCAUCCGACGCCAGAUUUGACCCUUCAAACGGACGCUUCUAUGUCGGGAUGGGGAGCUUGUCUUCACUCCACGAUAGGCGGCCGUUGGACAACUCUAGAACAACAACAUCAUAUCAACUACCUCGAACUGUUAGCAGUUUGGUAUGCCAUCCGAUCUCUCCUCGCAGAGAGGCGGGACAUCCAUGUUCUUCUUCAGAUGGACAGUUCAACAGCCAUUGCAUAUAUCAACCACCAAGGAGGGACUCACUCGGUUCCAAUGUCUCGACUAGCUGUCAAGAUCUGGGUAUGGUGUCUCAAGAGAAACAUCACUCUAGCAGCUCAACAUAUACCGGGGUCCCAGAACAUCACAGCAGACAGGAUGUCACGAGUGUUCGACGAUCGGGCGGAAUGGCAACUCCUCCCAGAAGUCUUCCGCAGCAUCAUGGAUGCCCUACAUUUUGUCCCAUCGGUAGACCUCUUUGCGUCUCGCCUGAAUACACAACUAGAAACGUUCGUUUCAUGGCAGCCAAACCCCAUGGCUUGGAGGGUCAAUGCUCUUCUUCUAAACUGGAAGGAUGUAAACGGCUACGCUUUUCCUCCGUUUUCACUUCUUCUGAGAAUCCUUCAAAAGAUCCGCAGAGAGGAAGCUACAGUUGUUCUUGUCGCUCCAGUAUGGAAGACUCAAGCUUGGUACCCCAUGCUGCUGGAACUAGCAAUAGACGUGCCACUGCUCCUCCCACGGAGAACAGAUCUCCUUCAGCUUCCCCACAAUCGGUCACAAGUUCAUCCACUGAUAGGCCACCUCCAACUGGCCGCAUGGAAGUUAUCAGGGCAAAUCUCUCUUCAGAGGGACUUUCACAGACGGUGUCAGCCACAAUCCUUGCUUCUUGGAGACCACAGUCCAAUGCCCAGUAUAACUCAGCAUGGAGAAGGUGGGCAAGCUGGUGUUUACAGAGGAAACUUGAUCCAGUUCACACCCCUGUAG